AUGACAUCUGUAUCCAUUUUUUUUCUGCUGCAAUCCACUAAUUAUGGAUCUAGUGACCAUGUUGACACUGUACUUGACCCUGCACCUGACCUAUAUCCCACAACCCAGCCUACCAAUGCUUGUGAUGACCCUGAUGCCUAUGUCAAGAAACUGACAUGCCAUUGGGCGAAAGGUCCAUGCCUGGAUUUUCUGUCCAGUCACAUCACUGGUUAUCAAACUGCAUCUAUGGCAGGCACCUCCCAUGCACAGCAGUACCUCAACUCAGUCAUUAAUGCAUACUUCUCCAAAUUUCCAUGGAGGCUCAAGCCAAACUCGAUGGAGAACCUUUCAAAGGUGGAAAUGGAGCAGAAACAAUGCAAGGUUACUGCUAUGUGCAAGGUGAUCAAAUCAUGGCUCAAAUACUGCAUCAGAGCCAAUCAGAAGGUUGGAGGAAAUGUCAUGGUGUCAGAGAACAACAUGUGGACCCACCUUCUUGUACAGUUAUCUGGCAUAAGCAAGAAAAAGCUGAAGGCUUUGCAAGCCCACCAGUGGUGGUCCAAGGACCAUUUUGACACCAUCAUCAGGCCUGAUUUUCAGGAGAGAUGUAAUGCUGAGGGCAUAAAGGGGAAGGCAAUGGUAACCUUCCAAGAACAAGUUACUCAAGAACAUUUUCUAGCAACUGAUGGCCAAACCCAAACCCAUUACACUCAACUUGCCAGAGAUGAGGCUCAAACAGCCAUCACAGAAUGGACUGAAGCCCUCAGUAACCCACCUGCCACUGAUCCCAUAUCACAACACACAAUCAAUAGGCUACCAUCAUUUGCCAGUCCACUCCUUAGCAGAAUGCACACAAUCCUUGGCAUGCAUGUCAUGCUCAUUUCAACCUGUACAGAAUGGAUGAAGGAGGUGACAAAAGUUCAGUGCCCUGCAAUUGGCAGGCUUAUGGCAAAGCAAAAUAUUGAGCCAUCACUCAUUUUUUCCAUGAGUAUCUGGAUACUUGCUACACACAAGAAGAAUGCAAUGCACACAAACUUCCUGUGGAAUUUGACAGGUGCCAACAAAGUUGAAGAUGCUCCCAAAGCAGCAACAAAGGCAGCACUGAUCAGUGGGCACAAGUCUAGAGGGCACAUGCAUGAAUCCAUGGAUUCUUCUGACCAUUCUUCAGACAUCAGCAAAGGUGAAGACAAUCCCAAAAAGGCAACACCGAAUAAGAAGCCCCCCAAUAGUUCUACAGAAUCAUCUGGUAAUGAUGACAGCAGUGGCAGUGGAGAAGAUGACAACAGUAUGGACCAUGACAACAGCUGCCACUGCCUGCAAUGUGCCCCUUUACCAUUUUCUGCCAAAAAGUUCCACAAACCACCACCAUUCCCCAUUGGGUGA